AUUUUUCAGAUUCCUGUAUCCAGCGACAUCUGUGCAAAUGAAAACGGGACAAAUAUUCUUCAUCGACUUCACUGACUCGUCUCCAGCAGCAGCAGCAGCUGAAACCCCACUCGCCGAAAGAAAACUUUGCGCCAUUGAAUCCGCAGCCAGAUUGCAUCCCAAAAACAUCAUUUACCUGGUCACCAACUCUGCCAAGAUUAAACUCAGCAAGGCCCUCAGAAUCCUCAUACGAACAUACUCAAAUGUCCGCUUCAUCAUCUUCGACUCGGAUCCGUUUUCCGCAUUCGGAAUUGACCCGGAGUCGGAUUCGAAAAAUUUGCACGCUGCGGAAUUGGCGCGAUACUCGUUGCUGCUGUCGCAUGGCGGCAUUUACCUGGACCUGGAUCAAAUCGUGGUCAAGCCAAUUAUCGGGAAAUUCAUCAGGAACACACUCGGCAGACAAUUUGACGAUGAGGGAAAUAUUUUGUUGUCUGGACACGUGAUGGCUUUUCCUCCUGGACACGAUUUUCUGGAGCAGGUCAUGCUUCAGAUUUUUGUGGUGCAUUAUUGGGGCAGUGUCACUAAUGGAACAAUGAUUGAAUUAGCGUCAACCCAAUUGUUGGCACUCUUGGCCUGGUCUCAUUGUCCUAUGGUCAGUAAGAAGUCCAAAGGGUUCAUGUAG